AUGAAGUUAAAGAAAUAAUCAUCUCAAAAGGAGACAUCCAAAAAGGAAUAAAAAAAGAUGAGAAGAGGAUUCAAAGCCUGUAAGUCCUGCGGAUUCGAACUUCAUAUCCACUAAAAAAUUUGUAAGAAUUGCAAUCAUGAAAAUACAUUCGUCAAUAAAGUCUCCUUCCCACAAUCCAAAAAUAACACCAUUGAUUUUUUUAAGAAGAUAACUGAAAACUAAACCAAAGUAGCAAAUGUAGAAAAGAAAAUUAAAAAGGUUCCUCAAAAAUUAAUGACACGCAUUCAUGUUUUUAAGAAAUCUUUCCUCUACAACAAUGAAAGCAAUUUGGAUGAAAAUUUAAUCAAAUCCAUAUGCAAUAAUACCACCAAAUAAGAAAGCAUCGAUCUAAUAUAAAGAAAUGAAUUUAAAUUAGACAAAAAAGAAAUUUUGGUAGACUCCCUUCCUGUUGAAAGCGGUCAAUUUCACAAGUUAGAGAAGGGCUACCUACUUUAUUUUGGUUGUUCCCUAUUGAACAUAGCAAUAAACAAAGGUGUCAUUUUAGCGAGUAUCCAAAUGAAUUAAUAUGAUAACCAAUAGUUUAGCUAAUUGCAUUUAUAUGGCAAGACAUAUGAAGGUGAUGGAGUAUUGGGAAUCAUACAACAAUAAAAAAUUAGAUACAUGCAUCAUAAUGAAGGUGCCAUUACUCAAAUCAAAUUCUAUCCUUAAUCAACAACCACAAUCGGCACCAUCAAUGCAAAGGGCAGCUUCACAAUGCUAUCCUUAAUCAACACAAUAUCUGAUAAAUUGAAAAUACUAUGCAAGGUAGAUGUUCCUAAUCAAAUUCUAAAUUGCUUCGAUUGGUGUCCUUGCAAAGAAUAGAAGAUAUCUGUUGGAGAUUAAUAAGGGAACAUCUACAUCAUAGAAAUUAAAGGGGAGGACUUUGUAAUUGUCAAUUUCCUUGAAUCAUAUCACAUGGGAAUCAUCAAGGAUCUAUAGUUUUAUAUUCAUAAUGAUAACAACUCUCCUUUAUUGCUAAGUGGUGGCUAUGAUGGCAACCUUAAGAUAAUAAACCCUUCCAAUUCUUAGGAAAUAUUUAACAGACACAUUACUUCAAAGGGAAUAUCGUAAGUGAAAUGGGAUAGAGGUGGUAAGUUCAUUUUAUGCAUCAAUGAUGAUCCAAACCAAAAGGCUUUAAUGUUUUGCUUCUUUUCUAUUAUAAAAAAGGAUUCAAUUCAAGUUUUGCAAAACAUUGAAAAACGACUCAUCCAACCAUUAACUGGGGAUGAUGAGACUCAAAGCUGUGCAUAUAAUCCAUUCCACCAUAAAAUCUACUUUGCCUCAUAGAAUGGAACCAUUUAUGGAGCUGAUAUUGAGCAAAUUAGAAAAUAGGCUAUUAAAAAGGAGAAGAAACAAACUUAUUAAUCAGCUGUAGUUCACUUUGGUUAAGUUCUUUUAGAAAACAAUACAAUUUCAUACAUUACUUCGAAAUCUUCAGGAAACUAUAAGAAAUCUAUUCAAUACUACGAUUGGAGUUAAGGGUAUCAUUUUAUAGAUGUAGACGAAUCAGGAAAUUUAAUUUUGGGAAACAUUCUAGGAGUUUUAAUUAUGUUAUGAUGCUAUAUUCAUUGAAUAUCUUAUAAAUGAUUAUAUGCUA